AUGUCGCGACGCCGGCCGGCCAGAGGAGCCGCAACCCUCAGCUCGACUCUGGUCGCUCUCUUGUUCGCCUUUCCCUUCGUCGCAGCCGCUCAGCAGCAGCAGCCGCCGCAACAGAAUGGAUACCAGAGAUCUCCAGCAGAAGUAUCUCUGCUACUAAACACCAUUGCUCAGCCGCGAGCCUCGGCGCUCCGCGACCCCCUCGAUGUGACGCAGAAGCGCCGACGAGACACCACCUUCACAUCCAAGAAUGAGCGCGCCAUUGCGACAUUGGCUCCAGCGGACCUCGAUCCCGCCGUGAGACUCCCUCUUCCCAGUCCCGCCGCCGGCCCAUCCGGUGCUCUUUCCCCGCAGUUAUAUGCGCGGUCACUGCGAGACUGGAAAGUUGAGGAUAUUGUCCUUUUGGCGACCGUCGAUGGAAAACUUUAUGCCAGAGACAGGAACACUGGCAAGCACAGAUGGACGAUAGAGGCAGAGCGGCCUAUGGUAGAGACCAUCUACCACAACGUGACCGCAUCCCAUGGCGAUGGAGAAAUUCACGAGGACGACUUCAUCUGGAUCGUGGAGCCGAGCCAGGAUGGCGCGCUCUAUGUGUAUGAGCGUGAACCCAAGAUCGGAGUGCAGAAACUCGGCUUGACAGUCAAACAGCUGGCAGAGGACCUAUCGCCGUACGCGAGUGAUGUACCACCGGUUGUCUACACCGCAGAGAAGAGGAACACCCUGUACACGAUCGAUGCUCAGACUGGCAUCAUCCUCAAGAGCUUCAGUUCAACCGGAUCAUCUGUCGUUGAUCCCGAGAGCUGCAGGCGCAUCAGCAGUAUGGAAGGCCUAGCCGGCGAAGAACAGGAAUUUGCUGGCAUCUUGACACUGGGCCGCACAGAGUACACCGUCGGCAUCUCGGACAAGGUUACGGGUAACCAGAUUUGCACCAUCAAGUACUUCGAGUGGAGCCCAAACAACCGAGAUCGUGAUCUUCAUAGCCAGUAUGCCAAGAAGACUAUGGACAACAAAUAUGUCUAUAGCAAGUUCAACGGAGAAGUCACCGCGUGGGACUACACCCAGCACGAACGCAAGGUCUUCGAGCACGAGUUUUCUGCGCCAGUGGCCAGGGUAUACGACAUUGUCCGUCCCUUCCACGCGGACCCGAGGGACACUUCCCUGGUGAUUCUGCCUCAGCCAAUUGGACCGAAAAGUAACGACGACGGCAUUCAGAAUGUCUUCAUCAAUACUACGCAGACUGGCAGCUGGUAUGCGCUGUCUGAAUCGAGCUAUCCUCACGUUACGGUUGGGGCUAGAAAGGCGCGGUGCUACGACGCGGAAUGGCAGGAACAUGUUCUUGGCUGGCCUGGGACAUCGCGGACUCUUUCGAAGAACGAUAUCAUUGGCGUUCACUAUCUGGACAGUCAAGACGCACCAUAUCAGAAUAUCCUUAGCAUUUCUGCGCCUGCUAAGGUUCAACCGAGCGAAGAGAGCCCUGCAGUUGUGGACGAGCUGGACAGUGCGAUUCCGCCACUGGAGCCGGACUUCAGACCACGGUGGACCACAACAUCCGUCACUCUAUUUCUCACACUGUUCUUCCUCGCUUCGCUUGGCGGCAUAUCUCAGAGCAGCAUCUUCAAGCCCACAUUCUCGCAGCUUCUCGAGAGGAUAUCUACGAUCAGUCCUGCGCCAAAAGCAGAGAUGCCGAGUCAGGAAGUGGCGAUUGUAGAGCCCAUUGUCGAGGAGAAGAGAGUCAGGUUUGCCGUUUCGAUACCGGAAGAGGAGGCCGUUGUCACUGCUGCCGUAGGUACAGACCCUGCAGAGUCAGAGCUAGGAGUCGACGAUUCUGUCACUGAAGCUACAUUGCCGGAAGCGGUUAGUGUUCAGGAGCCCACCGAGGCAGAUCUUAGCCCAGAUGGUGUCGAUGAGGCGUUUAAGCCAAAGAAGAAAGCACAUAGAGGCCUCCGCGGGGGCAAGAAAAAGAAGAAGAAAAACAAGUCGGGAACCGAAGGCGUCGAAGACGAUACCGUCGAUCGCAUUAUGGAAGAGGUGAAGCACAUGGGGCCGAACCAGUCGUUGCAGCCAGAUGAAAUACUUAUUGGUGGUAUCCAAGAGAACACGGCAAUCAAGCAGAUUCAUAACUUGACCAUCGAUGAGGACGCCAUACUUGGCACCGGCAGCGGCGGCACGUUCGUAUUCAGAGGCAAAUUUCAGACGAUAGAUGUCGCUGUGAAGCGGAUGCUUCCCCAGUAUUUCGAGCUCGCCUCCCAUGAGGUUUCUUUGCUCCAGCACAGCGAUGACCAUCCGAACGUCAUUCGAUACUACACUCAAGAGCGGGAUCAGAAUUUCCUUUACAUUGCUGUCGAACUUUGCCAAACAAGUCUGUGGGACCUCUACCGAGAUGGAAGGGAUCAGACUUGUGACGAAGACAACCAGAGGCUGAUUACCGAAAUCAACACCGAUGUUUCCAAGUGCUUGUAUCAGCUCGCCGCUGGCCUCAACCAUUUGCACAGCCUCAGGAUCAUCCAUAGGGAUAUCAAACCUCAAAACAUCUUGAUCGCCUAUCCGAAGAAGAAUCAGGCGCGCGGGCCGCGCUUCGUCAUCUCCGACUUCGGGCUCUGCAAGACGUUACCGGACAAUGCCAGCACUCUGAUCGGCACCACUGGCAACGCAGGCACCGUUGGAUGGAAAGCACCGGAACUCAUUCUUCAGCCAAAGGAUACCGCACUUCGUCAAGAUUUGACAUCUCACAGUCGGGACUCAUCGUCCUCGGGCGGCGAGGUGUCUCAGGGCGUAAAACGCUCUGUCGAUAUCUUCUCCCUAGGUUGCGUAUUCUUUUACGUAUUGACGGGCGGCUGCCACCCGUAUGACGACGAGGAAGGCUGGGCUCAGGUCCGCGAGCUCAACAUCAAGAAGGACAAAGCGGACAUUAGCAAGGUGCAGUUCUUGGGUGAAGAGCCAGUGCACCUGAUUCGCUGCAUGCUGUCGAACAAACCCGAAGAUCGCCCAACAGCCCUCCAGGUCAUGCAACACCCCUUCUUUUGGCCCCCCGAGAAACGCCUCAACUUCCUCUGCGACUGCUCCGACCACUGGGAGCGCGAAUCGCGAGACCCGCCAUCGUACCUUCUCCAGCGCCUCGAAUCUUUCGCGCUGGAUGUCAUUGUCGACCCGGACCACCCGCAUCGCGCUCCAGAUUUCUUGGCCAAGCUCGAUAGGAAGUUCAUCGACACGCUUGGCAAGCAGCGCAAAUACACCGGCGACCGGAUGCUAGAUUUGUUGCGCGCUUUGAGGAACAAGAAGAACCAUUACGAGGAUAUGCCGCUGGAUGUGCAGGCCAGGGUCGGGCCGCUGCCGGAUGGAUAUCUGGGGUAUUGGACUACGAGGUUUCCACGGCUUUUGAUGGCGUGUUAUCUGGCGGUUGUGGAGACGGGACUGCAGGGGGAACCCAGAUUUAGGCCGUACUUCGGGGAGGUGGCGGCGUCGUGA